AUAAAAAUCUCAAACCAAACUUCUCUGUUUAUCUAAGCAAUUACUCAAACCUAAAUCCAUGGCUUUCUUCUCUUCUCUCUGUUUCCUCCUCCUUUCUUCCAUUUCCUUAUCCCACGCCGCCGGAUGGGUCGGAGUUAACUACGGCCGAAUCGCCGACAACCUUCCGUCACCGGACAAAGUAGUUCAACUCCUCAAAGACCAAGGAAUCGACCGAAUCAAGCUCUACGACACUGACUCCACCGUCCUCACCGCCUUAGCCAACUCCAACAUCUCCGUCGUCGUCGCUCUCCCCAACGAACACCUCUCCUCUGCCGCCGCCGAUUCUUCCUUCACCGACAAUUGGGUCCAAUCCAACAUCUCCCAUUUCUUCCCCUCCACGAAAAUCGACGCCAUCGCCGUCGGUAACGAAGUCUUCGUCGACCCAAACAACACCACUAAAUUCCUCGUCCCCGCCAUGAAAAACGUUUACUCUUCCCUCCAAAAAUUCAACCUCCAUAACUCCAUUAAAAUCUCCUCCCCCAUUGCCCUCACCGCCCUCGCUUCCUCUUACCCAACUUCCUCCGGUUCAUUCAAACCCGACCUAGUCGAACCGGUCAUUAAACCCAUGCUCGAUCUCCUCCGUCAAUCCCAAUCUUAUCUCAUGGUUAACGCUUACCCUUUCUUCGCUUACGCCGAUAACUCCGAUAAAAUCUCCAUCGAUUAUGCUCUGUUUCGCAACAAUCCCGGCGUUAUUGAUUCCGGCAAUGGGUUAAAAUACACCAACCUCUUCGAAGCCCAAGUCGACGCCGUUUUUGCCGCUAUGUCAGCGAUUAAAUACGACGACGUCCCGGUAGUGGUGACGGAGACAGGAUGGCCGUCGAAAGGCGACGAGAAGGAAAUCGGAGCUAAUACAGAUAAUGCGGCGGCGUAUAACGGAAAUUUGGUGAAGAGAGUUUUAACGGGAAAUGGGACCCCGUUAAGACCGCGGGACCCACUCAACGUAUUUCUAUUUGCGUUAUUCAAUGAGAAUCAGAAACCGGGGCCCACUUCUGAGAGGAAUUACGGUUUGUUUUACCCUAAUGAAGAGAGGGUUUAUGAAAUUCCUUUUACACUCGCUGAUUUGGAGAGUGGAGUUCAAACGCCGGUUAAUGGGAGUAAAGUUCAGGUGAAAGGGCGGCAGACGUGGUGCGUGGCUAAUGGGAACGUGGCGGCGGAGAAAUUGCAAGCGGGUUUGGAUUAUGCUUGUGGUGAAGGAGGGGCUGAUUGUCGUCCGAUUCAAGUGGGUGCCACGUGUUAUAAUCCUAACUCUAUUGAGGCACAUGCUUCGUACGCUUUUAAUAGCUAUUAUCAGAAGAUGGAGCGUGCGGCUGGCACGUGCGACUUUGGUGGUGCUGCUUAUGUCGUCACUCAACCUCCCCAGUAUGGAAAAUGCGAGUUCCCCACUGGGUACUGAGCUCCGGCAGAUAGAGAGAUUGGCUGAUAUUUCUAAUUUCAUUUUAUAAUUGACGUUUAUAUUUUUAUGUUAUUUUUUUAGAAUUCUAAUAUAAUAUUUGUAUGCAAUACAUAAAUAUUAAAUUUAAUAUUAAAGUUGAUAGUUGGACUAUGCUUCCCAAAUUUUAUUUC